GAGAGGGAGAAAGAGAGACCGGAGGGGAAGGCGGGCGGGCAAGGCAGGCAGGCAGGAUGCGUUCGGCAGGGAGCGGCAGGCAUUCGCCUUUGGUGGCCGCGGCUGGGAUUUUAUUGCUGUGCGUGGCUGGCAGAGCCAGAGCUCAGGAAGUCCAAGCCGAGAAUGUGACAGUGGCAGAAGGUGGCCAGGCUGAGAUCAAUUGCAAACUGCACCAGUACGACGGUUCUAUUGUGGUGAUCCAGAACCCAUCCCGACAGACGCUUUUCUUCAAUGGCACACGAGCCCUGAAAGAUGAACGUUUCCAGCUGGUGGAGUUCACCCAGAAGCAGGUCCGCAUCGUGCUGUCCAACGCCCGUCUGGACGACGAGGGUGGCUACUUUUGUCAACUGUACACAGAAGACACGCACCAUCAGAUCGCCAUCCUUACUGUAUUGGUGCCUCCUGAAAACCCAUUGGUGGAGGUGAAAGAACAGGCAGUGGAAGGAGGAGAAAUUGAACUCACCUGCAGCGUUCCCAGGUCACGCCCUCCUGCCACCCUGCGCUGGUACCGAGAACGGAGAGAGCUAAAAGGAAUUGGAAGCAGCAAGCAGGAAAACGGGAAAGUGUUCAGCAUCACCAGCAUGGUCCGCUUUCGAGUGGAACGCAAGGACCACAGCUGCAUCGUGACGUGCGAGGCCACCCAUCCUGCGCUGCACGGGCAGCGGAAGCAGACGCAGUACGUUCUAGAUGUGCAGUACUCGCCCACAGCAAGGAUCCAUCCUCCUCAAGGGGUGAUGCGGGAAGGAGACACUUUAGUUCUGACGUGUGCCGUCAACGGCAACCCACUCCCCACGGAUAUCAAGUGGAGCCGAGCAAACGACUCGUUACCUGAGCGGGCUCUGAUAGAGGGCGAAGUGCUGACCAUCUCCAGUCUCAGCAUGCUGGAUAACGGCACCUACUCGUGCCAGGUGGCCAACAAGCACGGCCGCUCGUCGGACCAGUACGUGCUGGUGGUUUAUGACCCUGGGGCUAUUGUGGAGGCCCAGACUUCAGUACCCUAUGCCAUCGUUGGAGGCAUCCUGGCCCUCCUCGUUUUCCUGGUCAUCUGUGUGCUUAUAGUUAUGGUGUGGUGCUCCAUCCGGCAGAAAGGCUCCUACCUGACGCACGAGGCCAGUGGCCUGGACGAGCACGGAGAAGCCCGUGAGGCCUUUCUCAACGGGGGCGAUGGCCAUAAACGCAAGGAGGAAUUCUUCAUCUGAGCCUGGCCAGGGG